AAUAAUUAUGGCCAUGAUUAUGAUCUACAGUGCUAAUCUCCGAUUUGGAUAGGACUAACCGACAACGAGAGAUUCACGUGUUAUAGGAUAGAAGAUGUUGGAAGCUGUUGAUGAAUGAUGAUUACGACUAUAAUUCCUAGUUGUUCUUCCAUUUUCGAUCUCUCCCGCUUGCUCUCGAAGCCUUCAUCCACGUGCGGUGCGUUCGGUUCAACCGCGCCCACCUCUGGGUUUCCAAGUUUUUGAACCUACGAUCACGCCGGUUCGGUGCGCGAACGAGAUGCAGAUGAUCGAGAUAUGGAGGAAUCCGGGAGCGGUUUGAGGAUUUGGGACCCAAUUGCGAAGCCACACUGGGACAUGGAAUCGAAGUCCUCGUCGUCGCUUAGUUUUCUCGGGUGCCGAUUCCGGUUCCGAAAACCGGCGUUCGAUUCGUAUGCGGUGGCGUGUGAAGCGUUCUCGGAAAAGCCUCUUCUUUUUCUUCGUCUUCUUGGGUUCGGAAUCCAGCUUCUUUAAUAGGGUCUGCACUUUUUAACUCUCAAUUUUGGGUUUUUUUUUUUUUUAACCGUUGGUGGAUUCUCCGUCGUUUUGAAGCGAUGGGGUUUGGUGAGGACCGGCGUUCCCAGGCUGAGGAUGGUGAGGUUGUGGAGAAAGAUCCAACCGGACGAUACUUACGGUAUGAUCAAGUGUUGGGAAGAGGAGCAUUUAAGACUGUAUACAAGGCAUUUGAUGAAAGUGAUGGAAUAGAAGUUGCUUGGAACCAAGUGAGUAUUGAGGAUGUAUUGCAGUCACCAGAACAGCUGGAAAGGUUAUAUUCAGAGGUUCAUCUGCUGAAAUCUUUGAAACAUGGAAAUAUUAUCAAGUUCUAUAAUUCCUGGGUAGAUGAUAAGAACAAGACUAUCAACCUGAUAACAGAGUUGUUCACAUCUGGGAAUUUGAGGCAAUAUCGUAAGAAGCAUAGGAAUGUUGAUUUGAAGGCCAUCAAGAACUGGGCAAGGCAGAUUCUUCGAGGUUUAAGCUAUCUGCAUGACCACAAUCCACCGAUCAUCCACCGGGACCUGAAAUGUGACAAUAUAUUCGUUAACGGAAACACUGGAGAAGUUAAAAUUGGAGAUCUAGGAUUGGCAACUGUCAUGCAGCAGCCUACUGCCCGAAGCGUUAUUGGCACUCCAGAGUUCAUGGCUCCAGAGCUUUAUGAAGAGGAAUAUAAUAAUCUUGUCGACAUAUAUUCUUUUGGCAUGUGCAUGUUAGAAAUGGUUACCUGUGAAUAUCCAUAUGGUGAAUGCAAAAAUCCUGCUCAAAUAUACAAGAAGGUUACUACUGGCAUAAAGCCUGCUUCCCUCAGUAAAGUGAAUGACCCCCGUGUUAAGCAGUUCAUAGAGAAGUGUCUGGUUCCAGCAUCUAUGAGAUUGCCAGCAAUGGAGCUCCUGAAAGAUCCAUUCCUUGCAACUGCAAAUUCAAAGGAUCUCAUUUGUGAUUCGCUGUGGUUACCCGAUAAUUCGCCCAUAGUGGUGAACCCACUACAGCUUGAAUCUCAUGCCAUGGACAUAGACUCUAACUGCCAGAAGCUUUCUGUUGGCUCUAGCAUAAAAUGCAUCAACGGAACUUCUAAUCAUUCAACUCUAGAAUUUCAGAGGUUUACUGAGAAGAAUGAAUUUAGGUUAAGAGGGGAGAAAAACGAUGAUAUUACAAUUUCAUUGACUCUUCGCAUUGCUGAUCUCUGUGGUCAGGUGAGAAACAUCCAUUUUGCAUUUUAUCUUGAUUCUGAUACUACAAUUUCAAUAGCUGAAGAGAUGGUUGAACAACUUGAUCUGUCAAAAGAAGAUGUGGCUGUCAUUGCUGAGUUAAUCGACAACUUGAUUGCGAAGCAUGGACCAAGACAAAAAUCUUUAUUUGAGAAUUGUUCAUAUGAAGCACACUGUUCAGUUGGUAAUUCUCGUGCGCUUCAGAUAGGUGGGAAUUUAGGGGCUCCUGCCAAGGCAGUUAUUGAGCACCAUGCUCAUGUUCUCUCACAAAUGGUUGAUGUGGAAGAUGAAGACAAUCAAGAAUCAACCUUUUCAGACAUAUCAGCUGAGUAUGGUUUCUCAAUGGCCUCAGAUGCCAGUAAUGACAAUGCUUUAGAGUCUGAUUAUUCCAGUCUUGAUGAAUGCUAUAAAGGUUCAAAUGGGUAUGGGUGCUAUGGGGCUUAUGAUCAUGGUGGGCAUACUGAGAAGAGUGAUGAAGCUAAUGUUGGUGAAUCUAUUAUGAUAAAUGAGCCUGCAGAGAACUCUGCAACAUCCUUUAUCAAUUCAUGUUCCGGAAUGUCAGACAACUUUGGCUUGCCUAGCAUAUGGUCUCUUUCGCCGGCAGAAAAAAAUCAGAAUGAUGAGCUAAAGCUGGAGCUGGAUGCAAUUGAUACGCAGUAUCACCACUGUUUCGUUGAACUCUCGAGGCUGAGGGAGUAUGCAAUGGAAAAUGCCAAAAAGAGGUGGAUGAUGAAGAAAAAGAUAUCUGUUAUUUGAUUUACUUUAGGUUUUUUCUUCUCUCUCCCACUCUCUUCAACAAUAAAAUUGCCACAUAAUAGUCCUCAAAAAUCGUUUAUUAUUGAGAAAUUUGAUGUAAUCUUCUUCUGUUAAAACAAAGAUAUAUUCCGGGCUCUGCACAGUA